AUGCCUUCGCCCGGCGACGACAAGGCCGGGCUCCAGCCGUCGGCGGAGCCCAAGAAGGACACCAAGCUAGGCCUCAUUUCCGGCGUCUAUAUCCCCGUGUGCCUCAACAUCAUGAGCAUCCUCAUGUUCCUGCGGUUCGGCCUCAUUCUGGGACAAGUUGGUUUCAUGGGCAUCUUGGGCUUGCUAAUCACGGCAUAUUGCGUCGACUUGCUAACCACGCUAUCGCUGUCUGCCAUUGCCUCCAAUGGCGAGGUCAAAGGCGGCGGCGCGUACUACCUCAUCUCGAGGUCCCUUGGUCCCGAGUUUGGCGGUUCCAUUGGCAUCCUGUUCUUCCUCGCCCAGGCGCUCAACACCGCCAUGAAUGUCGUCGGUCUCAUCGACUGCAUCCGCCUCAACGUCGGCCCCGGCUUUCCCGAGGGAUACUGGGCCGGUUACGGCUUGCAGACGGCCGCUCUCUUGAUUUGCACCGGUCUCUGCCUGCUCGGCUCUGCCACCUUCUCCAAGGCCUCCAACGCAUUGCUUGUCAUCUUGUCGCUGGCCGUCAUCAGCAUCCCCGUGUCUGCCGUCUUCAAGGCGCCCUUCCAGGACGACGACACUGGUGUCGUCUUUACUGGCUUCAGCCUUCACACCCUGGCCACCAACUUUUUGCCUCGCGCGGGCACCAGCGAAUACAACGGCCUGUCCACGUUUAGAGAUCUCUUUGGCAUUCUGUUCCCAGCAACAUCAGGCAUCUUUGCCGGGGCAUCAAUGUCUGGUGAUCUCAAGGAUCCGAGCAGGUCGAUCCCGAGCGGGACGCUCUGGGCCAUGUUGACGACAUUCAUCGUCUAUUUCAUUGUCGUUCUAUCCAUGGCCGCCAGUACUACGCAUGAGUCGUUCCUCGCCAACGCAAACGUCAUACCCCUAACCAACCUGUCUCCGCCCAUCAUCCUCGCUGGCGAAUGUGCAGUAACAUUCUUCUCCGCAUUGAUGGGCAUCAUCGGCUCCGCCAAACUGUUUCAGGCCCUCGCGAAAGACAAGCUUCUCCCAGGACUCGCCAUCUUUGGCAAGGGGACGAAGAAGGCUGACGAGCCCAUACUUGCCAUUUUUUUGACCUAUUUGAUAGCUCAAGUUGCCUUGCUUGCAGAUCUGAACCAGAUUGCGACGUUCAUCUCCAUGGGUUACCAGAUGACCUUUUUCGUCAUGAACCUUGCCUGCUUCUUACUCAAAAUCGGAUCAGCACCAAACUUUCGGCCGGGGUUCAAGUUCUUCAACUGGCAGACAGCUUUGGUGGGCAGCUUGCUCUCUGCCGCUGCCAUGUUCUUCAUCGACGAGACGUACGCAUCCAUUGCUAUUUGUGUCCUUGUCCUCAUCUUCCUCUUGAUUCACUACCUGUGCCCGCCGAAGCGGUGGGGAGAUGUCUCGCAGAACCUCAUCUAUCACCAAGUCAGAAAGUACCUGCUACGCUUGAAACCGGAGCACAUCAAGUUCUGGCGGCCGCAUAUCAUCCUCCUGAUCAACAACCCUCGACGCCAGGCACGACUCAUUCAGUUCUGCAACUCCAUGAAGAAAGGCUCGUUGUACAUCUUGGGCCACGUCAUCGUCUCCGACGACUUCAGUACUGGCGUUCACGAAGCCCGGCUUCAGCAGCAGGCCUGGACAAGAUACAUUUCCGAGUUUUCGCGGAUCAAGGCCUUCGUUCAGUUGACUAUGUCUCCGUCCAUCACCUGGGGCAUACGUAAUUUGAUCUUAUCGGCAGGCCUCGGCGGAAUGCGGCCCAACAUCGCUGUCUUGGGGUUUUACAACAUGAAUGACCUGCGCAAGUCUGGAUCAAGCUGCGUGAUACCCGAGAUCCCCGCAUCACCUGCUGACAAGAUGAGACGGCCCCGGAAGGCGGAGGAUAAGGCACCGAUGACGCAGCGACGUCGCGGCGAUACUUCUGCGCGGCUUCUAGAAGGGGUGUUGCCCACAGACGCGAUGCGAACAGAGGACAUGAUGUCUCCCACCGAGUACAUGAUAAUGCUGGAGGACCUCGCCCUCAAGUACCGCCUGAACGUUGCGGUAGCUCAUGGGUUCGACAAGUUGGAAUCGCCUCGGAAGGAUGGUGGCAACGCAAAGAGAUACGUCGAUUUGUGGCCGAUUCAGAUGUCUGCAGAGGUGUCCUCUGAUGGAAAGAAUGUCAUGACUACAAAUUUUGACACUUAUACCCUAAUCUUGCAAUUGGGUCAUAUUCUGCAAAGCGUCCGCACAUGGAAGCGAGCCUUUGCACUUCGCGUCAUGGUGUUUGUCGAGUACGAAAGCGAGGUUGAAGAGGAGAGGGCCCGCGUCACCGCUCUUCUCGAAAAGCUACGGAUUGAUGCCCAAGUACUCGUCUUUUGGCUCGCUUCUGGUCACCUCAACACGUACGAACUCAUCGUCAACGGCCACACAGACGACAUCGACACCGAGAUCAUUGUCAGUGAUGCGCUCAAGGACGAAGACUGGUGGGAAUCCCUCCAGAGCUUCCGCGGGCAAGCGGAGCAAAUGUCAGCAAGUCAGGAGAUGACCCAAAUCACCCAAAUAGUGGGCGCUGCCGCCGGGCGAGCAGACCUAAAUGGGGACAAUGGCUUCGACCGACGUCGCUCCAGCGUUGUCGAGCUCGCCAAUGUGCUCAAGAAACCAGACAUCACAAUGCUUUCCAGGCUGGGAGUCAAUCCGGGUAUUCACACGCACCACCUAGGGGACGAUGUGUUCCAAGAGGAGCCCUCAGACGACGAGUGGUCCACAGAGUCAGAGCUGUCAGACGCAGGAGAUGGGUUCGACUUUGGUGUUGACAUGUCCGAGAAGCACCCUGUGAACAAGUCGCACUCUGGGUCCCACUCCCGGCACCACUCGCGUCAGGGUUCGCAGUUCUCCAACUUUGGGCAGGGCGACGUGAGCCUGAGUAUCCCAGAGCUAGUAGAGUCUUACAAGCAGGACUCUCACGCGGGCGAGCCCGAGGCUGGGUCCACAUACUCUACGCAAGGAGUGUCUCUAUCUUUCAACGACCUCCCGUGCCGGGCACAGCACCUGAUUCUCAACGAGCUUAUGCGACAGCACUCGAAGGAAACGGCAGUUCUUAUGAGCACACUGCCGAUUCCUUCCGAGGGGACGUGUCUCGACGAAGCUGAGUCGAUUCAGUAUCUCUCCGACAUUGAAGUUUUAUGCAACGAACUGCCACCGAUUCUGAUGAUCCUGAGCAACAACAUGACUGUGACGGUCAGCCUGUGA